AAUGCCGACACUUGAUCUCUCAUCGCCUUUUAUUUUUCCUCCAGUCUACGAAGCGAUCGGCACUCCGAGCUCAGCUUCUCUCCUCCUCCAGACAUCACAUCCGGGUCAGUUGCCUGGGAGUGUGUGCGGAGCAGCUCCUCCAGCACGGUCAGAGUAAUGCAGCCCCAGCCAGCUGCCGCGGGAGCUCGCUGACAUGGACGCGGCCGCCGGCGCGCAGCGUUCCUGAAACCAGCAACUACUUCACUAAGUAGCGGGAACAGAGACGGGACUGGCAACUUGAUGCCCGGACGCCCCGGUCUGAUGGUAUUUUGUUCUCAACCAUGUCAAAAAGCCUGAAAAAGCAAAACCACUGGACCAACAAAGUCCAUGAGAUCGUCCUCGGCAAGAGUAAAGAAGGGGAGCUGGGGUUCGAGCUGAAAGGCGGCGCCGAGAACGGGCAGUUUCCCCACAUCGGGGAGCUACGGAACGCCAAAGUGGCCGUUCAGAGUGGCAAGUUGUCCCAGGAUGAGCUGCUUCUGGAGGUCAAUGACACGCCGGUGGCCGGACUGACCACUCGGGAUGUGCUGGCUGUUGUCAGGCACUGCAAAGACCCCAUUAGGCUCAAGUGCGUCAAACAAGGAGGCAUCGUUGACAAAGACCUCCGGCGCUACCUCAACCUCCGCUUCCAGAAGGGCUCCGUGGACCACGAGCUCCAACAGACCAUCCGGGACAACCUCUACCUCCGGACUGUGCCCUGUACAACGAGACAACCCAAGGAAGGAGAGGUCCCAGGGGUGGACUACAAUUUUGUGACCGUUGACCGGUUUAUAGAACUGGAGAAAAGUGGGGCCUUACUGGAGAGUGGAACAUAUGAAGAUAACUACUACGGUACCCCCAAGCCCCCGGUGGAACCCACCCCUCUGCUGCUAAAUGUAACGGAGCAGAUCCUGCCUGGCGCCCGACCCAGCGCAGAGGGCAAGAGGAAGCGCAACAAGUCCGUCACCAAUAUGGAGAAGACUGGAAUUGAGCCCCCUGAGGAGGAGGAGGAGGAGAGGCCCAUCGUCAAUGGCAACGGCGUCAACAUCACCCCAGAAUCCAGCGAGCAUGAGGACAAGAGCACGGAUGCAUCGGGCGACAGCACCACCCAGAAUGAGCCUGCUACACUCGCCUCCAUGGAGGUAUCCAAGGAGGAGGGAGAUCCCCCCAAGUCACCCCCAAAACCGGAUGAGAAUGAUGAGCUGGGGCCCUUACCUGACAAUUGGGAGAUGGCCUACACAGAGAAGGGAGAAGUCUACUUCAUUGACCACAACACCAAGACCACAUCAUGGCUGGAUCCACGACUCGCCAAGAAGGCUAAGCCACCGGAGGAAUGCAGAGAGGAUGCGGAUUCCAUGGUGACAUUCUGUGGCAAGUGGCAAGAACUUCCGUACGGCUGGGAGAAAAUCGAUGACCCAAUGUAUGGCAGUUACUAUGUUGACCACAUAAACCGACGGACGCAAUUUGAGAACCCAGUUCUGGAGGCCAAGCAGCGGCUCCAGCAGCAGCAGCAAAUGCAAAGCCAAGGCCUGUCCUCGCUGCCCCUCUCGACCAUCUACAGAGUCGAGGAGGGUCCCUCCUCAGCAACGUUACCUAGGCCCAAACUGGCUCACUUGGGCCCCGCCCCCGAGCGUUCCCACAGCCUCACCGACCUGUCCGAGUUUCCUGACAGCAGGGCAAGAGCAUUCAGCUUUCAUGAGAAGCCCCUGUUCACACGAGACCCCGCCCAGCUGAAGGGCACCUUCCUGUCCACCACCCUGCAGAAGAGCAACAUGGGCUUCGGUUUCACCAUCAUCGGGGGGGACGAGCCCGACGAGUUCCUGCAGGUGAAGAGUGUCAUCCCGGAUGGACCCGCCGCUCAGGACGGGAAGAUGGAUACAGGUGAUGUCAUCGUUUACAUCAACAAUGUCUGUGUCCUGGGCACCACCCAUGCCGACGUGGUCAAGCUCUUUCAGUCUGUACCGAUUGGCCAGAGUGUGAGCCUAGUGCUGUGCCGUGGCUAUCCUCUGCCCUACGACCCUGAGGACCCGGCCAGCAGCAUGAUCUCCCCCAUGGGGCUGAUGGAGCGUCCCCUGGUGGUCAACGGAAGGAGCAAUUAUGACAGCUACAUGGAGUACAUCUCGCGGACAGCGCGGUUCGUGCAGGAACACGGCGAGUUGCUGCCCCCUGCCCAGCAGCAGCCCUCCCUGCAGGCCCACCCCGGCGACACCCACCUGGAUACCACGCCACACGAGGACAAUGUCUCCAUGGCAUCAUCUGGGGCAGCCCCAGCUGAGCUGCUGACCAUCACCAUGGUGAAGGGGGCCGACGGCUUUGGGUUCACCAUCGCCGACAGCGGCGCCGGCCAGCGCGUCAAGCAGGUGCUGGAGCCGCAGGGCUGCCCAGGCCUGCAGGAGGGCGACCUCAUCGUGGAGAUCAACCAGCAGCCUGCACAGGCCCUCAGCCACACCCAGGUGGUGGAGCUGCUGAAGGAGUGCCCGGUGGGCACCGAGGCCACGCUCACGGUGCAGAGGGGUGGGACAGGUCACUUUUCACCCUGGAAGACCCCUAAACAGGUGCUGGAGCAGUGGGACCUCCAGGGCAGCCCCCAGACCAGCCUCUCUGCCCCUGUCCUCCCCCAGAGCACCCCAUUCCCAACCCACCACCUGCACAGGGCCUCGGUCCCCGACUCGGCCGAGGGCUUUGAUCUGAACAAGCCUGACCCCUAUGACCUCUAUGAGAAGUCCCGAGCUAUCUAUGAGAGUAGGCAGCCGGGGCUGCCCCGAACAGCGUUUCGAGUGGAUCCUGCGGGGCCCGAGUACCUGGAACUGGACGUCCACCUGCGCCGGCAGAAGUCCGGCUUCGGAUUCCGGAUCCUGGGAGGUGACGAGGCGGGGCAGGCUGUGAGUCCGGAGGCUCGCGACAAGAUCUUGAUUGGGGCAAUCAUCGAGAAGAGCCCAGCAGAUCGGGAUGGGCGGCUGCGGCCGGGUGACGAACUGGUGUUUGUAGAUGGUGUCCCAGUGCUGGGGAAGACACACCGGCACGUCAUUGACUUGAUGCAUGCGGCCGCCCGCAACGGACAGGUCAACCUAACUGUACGGAGGAGAAUCCAGGGAACAGCGCCACCUACCAGCGAACCCUGUCCUGAGAAUGGUCGGAGCCCGGGCUCCGUAUCCACACAGCACAGUUCCCCCCGGAGCGACUUUGCCUCCAGCUCCUUGCCCAGCAACCUCGCUGGGGCCAUCGCCCCGGGGCCGGCCACGGGCUGUGGCCCCACUCCGGAAGCCUCGCCUCCCCAGGGUGCACAGACCAGCGACGUGGUGAUCCAUCGCAAGGAGAACGAGGGCUUCGGCUUCGUCAUCAUCAGCUCGCUAAACCGCCCAGAGUCCAACGUGACCAUCACCGUGCCCCACAAGAUUGGCCGCAUCAUCGAAGCCAGCCCGGCCGACCGCUGCGGUAAGCUGAAGGUGGGGGACCGCAUCCUGGCCGUCAACACGCAGUCCAUCGUUGACAUGCCACAUGCCGACAUCGUCAAGCUGAUCAAGGACGCCGGGCUCAGCGUCACGCUGCGCAUCAUUCCGCAGGAGGAGAUAAGCAGCCCACCCUCAGCCCCCAGCUCAGAGAAGCAAAGUCCUAUGGCCCAGCAGCACAGCCCCAUAGCCCAGCCCAGCUCGGCACCCCAGACCAGCCCGGUAGCCCAGCACAACCCGGUCACGCAGGCUCCAGCUGCAGCCCCACCUCCUCAGCUCUAUAGCCACGAUGGCAGCUACAGGUCGGAGGUGAAAGCGAGGCAGGAUGUCAAACCAGACGUUCAGCAGCCCCCGUACACCGACUACCGCCAACCUCCCGUGGACUACCGACACCCCCCAGUGGUGGACUAUCGGCAGCCAUCCACACUCGACUACAGGCACCCGCCCCUGAUGGACUACAGACCCGAUGGCCGACAGUUCCCCAUCUCUGACUACAGACAGCCCCAGGACUUUGACUUCUUCACCGUGGAGCUGGAGAAGAGCGUGAAAGGAUUCGGCUUCAGCAUCCGCGGCGGGCGGGAAUACAAGAUGGACCUGUUCGUGCUGAGGCUGGCCGAAGACGGACCUGCCGUCCGCAAUGGAAGGAUGAGGGUCGGGGACCAGAUCAUCGAGAUCAACGGGGAGAGCACGCGGGACAUGACCCACGGCCGCGCCAUCGAGCUGAUCAAGUCUGGGGGGCGCAGGGUGCGGCUGCUGCUGAAGAGGGGCACCGGGCAAGUGCCUGAGUACGUCGACAGUCCCACCCCCUGGGAUGCUCGGCCUGCAGCCUCCCCAAGUCUGUCGGAAGUAGCCCCAUCCCCCGAUGCUCUGAACGCCACGCCAUCACCGUCAUCGCUUCCGGCCCUUCCCCUUGACCCCCAGCACCUACUCUCCCCGGAGAUGGGCCGGGAGCCCAUGCACGACAGCAUGGCAGAGCACCUAUCCAGCCCUGGGAGGGUGGAGCAGGCCGCACCUGGGAGGAGGCAGACGGAGCGCAGGGCCAGUGGGAGGGGCAAGGAGAAAGAGGGUGGCAGGUCUGCCCAUCGGGGUAUCAGCGUGGGUGGACAGGGGACCCCUGAGAGCCCGGUGGGUUGGGACGAGCAGGUCCAGGAAAACUCCAAGCCCUACAGAGCCUCCCGGGGAAAAUCCAAGGAGAGGAGAGGUGGUGAGAGCAGCGCCCCCCACAGGGAGAACAGGCAUCUGCCACACUCCCUAAAGGCCACCGGGCUUGGAGACACACAUUCCAACGUGAACGGUGGCACACCAAGCAAUGGAGGCAGCACAGACAGGCCAGCCCAGGAGAAAUCCAGCCCCAGGGACCCAGAGAGAGUGUCCGUCGAGGCCCCUCCCUACCGGGGAUCCAAGGGAAACAGCGGGGGCAGUGCCAUGGCGGGCAGAAAGGCCACAGUGUCCCCCGGGCCUUGGAAAAUCCCUGGGUCGGAUAAGCUACCCAGUACACUGCGAUCUGGGACAUCCACUGUGAGCAGAUAACGCCAUAAAGACUCUGCAGGCCAGGCCACACCAGACAAGACUUGGUCAGGUCUCCAACAGGCCCGCCAGCCGUCACCAUCAGAUGCAACACAUGUUUUUAGAGAAUCUUUUUUUUUAUUAUUAUUUAUAUGGUAUUUUAAAUUAUUUUGAGGUAUUACACCCACCACCUUAAAAACUCAAGGCAUCCAUUAAAAAAAUAAAAUAAACUAGAAAGAAAAAGAAAAAAAAACUGAAUGUGUAGCAUGAUGGGAAGACUCCUAUAGUGCUGAAUCCAAACAACCCGACUGGAGGUGGCAUAGGGGUGGGACCUGCCUUUCAGAAGCUCCGCCCCUCUCUUCCAGCAGCUGGCUGCGACGCCGAAUCACAUGUCGAGGAGCUGGCCACUGGCAUUCAGCCAGUGCUGGUUAUGGCUGGAUGCUUCUUGAUGGGGUUUGCCUGACAUGACCUUUUGUGCCGUUGACAAGGCAAUGAAACAAAAAGAAAUGGUGUGGAAAAAGAGGAUUUUAAUCGACAGAAAGCUGCCUUAAAACUAUCCUGAGAUAGAAAGAAAGAUAUAUCUUUAAUAAUGAUCAUUUAGAUGUAUAGAUAUAUAGGUAUAUUAUAUAAAUAUGUGAAAACAUGUACAUAAAAUCAUUUUGGAGUAUAUGUACACGGGCAAAUAUACUGAGAUGCUAUUCAAGGCAGGAGGAGUCUGGUGACACAGUAGGGCACUCUGACUCCUCACUGACUCGUUUCACUGACUCAUCUCAGCACGGUGUCCUGAAGCGUGGGUUGACUCAUAGAACCCAAUAAGACCCGGAACAGUUUCCGGUUUCCGUGCCGCAAGAGGUCUGGGCUCUGUUUACCGCAGAACACGAGCCAAGUCACUGUGGAGGGAUUCACCUUACCAGGGGGGCAGGACGCCUCCUGGCACGCGGCAGGGCAGAGUGCCUUAAGUGGAGAGACCAGGCGGAGUUGCUAGUUUGAAUUUUCACCUGUAGGAGGCAGCAAAGUGACACAAACUGAGCUGUGUGCUGCAGGAGAAAAAGGAGGAAGUGCAGCAGAUCUUCCUUACGCAGCGCUAUAUCACAAUUCGUCUCGUCUGUAUCGACAGCUCAGUCACCUUCAUGAAGUCAGUUUGCACCAAAAAAAGAUUAUUUUCUUAUCAUUGUAUUAUGGAAAACCAUUGUUUAUGCCAGAUCUGCUUUAUUUUUAUGUACAUUUAUCUGCUAUCUAGUAACAGAAUGAUCGAAUGAAUUUUGCUUAGUCUGUUUUUGUCAUAUGAAGGAUAAUUAGCUAACUGUAGCUGACAUCAAAAUGGAGUAUGGUUACAGUGCAGGUAAAUUUUUGCAGGUCAUACCUGUUACUUCGAGGCUGAAGAGAUUUAAUGUGUGGAACUAAGGGCCAAAAUAAGCAAUCACGCAGUGAAAGGAUCCAAAUCUGUAAUCUGUAGCACCCCCUCACGGUCAGACGUGGUGGCGUAAAAGCACGCAGUACCGGUGGUUUUUCAUUGUCAUUACCGUGAAUACUCAAACAGAAAGCGUUAAGGAAAAGGGCUGGUUAUCUCUCUGCUUCAACUGUACGAGUGCUAUUUUGUCCGCAAUAAGGACAUUACUGGUGUCAUCGUCGUUGCAGAUAAGCUCUCUUUUGUUUUUGAGCUUUUCUGUGAUGUUAUUUGAACAAACUUGGCAAUUAAAUUAUGAUUGGUUUCCCAUAAAAAAGAAGACAUCUGCUUUAUAGCUACGUGAUGGAAAUUUAUGUAUUUGUCUUUUUAAAAAAAUCCACAAUCCAUAACCGUUUACAAUAAGCCAGUCGGCAGCCAAACAGGCGUUCGGAAAGCGCUGAGCGCCAAACGAAAAGUUCGCCCAACGUUGCAUUCACUUUAAAAGAUACGUUGUAAGAAUGUUAUAAUUACCUGCGUUGGACUGAGGCCUCGCGAUUGGACAAACAGCAUCAGCAGUCACGCCUACUAGGCAAUCAGAGUACAUGGGUGAGGUUCUCGGUCAGAGAUGACGCAACUGCAAAGAGACAUCUAUAAUUCUAUAUUACUGACUUAAUUGUUUGAACGCGGUUUAUUUAUUACAAGCGGAUUUCACUUAUCGCGCUAAAUUCGAGCAUGAAUAUUUAAACAUCUUACCCCUGAGGCAUAUAUAUUUAAUGCUUCUGGGAACGUUUUCCCUAAAAACGAAAUUAUUUUGCCAUUAGUAGCAUUUACUUAUUACCGGAUGUUGUUGUAAAACUGUUACAUCUUAUUAACGGACGGAUGUAAUUCCAAUUUGCUGACAGCCACUGUAUGGGAAUGCAAGGAAAAGUGUUAAGGAUGUUUAUUGCCAUGGUAACGUUUCAAUUAUUUUUAAUUUUUGGAGUGACAGAAAAGAUUUCCAAUUUGAGUGUGAACACGCUUAGCAGAAAUCAGUAAUAUAUUCUGUGUUCAGUUACAGAAAAAGCUUGCCCCUUUAAGAAUCAUUCGGAAUAGCUAUAGAUUCAUUCCUAAUAAUACGAUACAGACACCGUUGAUGGCUGCAAUCCCUUAAUCUGUUUGGGAGACCCUGAAUUAUAACAAAGCACAAAUAUCAGCAGAAGAUUGACAAAAGCCAAUGGGAAGUAUGUCAUAUUUAACCUGAGGACGGGUGGCAUGUCCGGGAAUAGCGCGCCGCCGUCCUGCAGUUCAGAGCGAUGCUUAUGUUGUUCGGUGGAUUCUGACCUGUAUGCUCCUUGUUGACUGGUUCAGUUUUCUGUGAACUGUAAUACGUUUUCUAUGGAAAGGCGAUAAUUAAAAGGUGAGUCUUUGAAGGGUGGCGCUUACGUGAACACCAUUCCGAUCAGUAAACUGUGUAGUGUUAGCUGUGUAUUUACCUUUGUACAGCUGUAUCUCUAUAAAUAUGAUCCAUUGUAUUAAUAAUAGUCACAAAGACUGUAAGUGAGCAACUAUUUUUAUGAAAUGCAACACUAUGGAUAUAUUAACUUUUGCAGAAAUCUUGUUUACUGUAUGAUAUUCUAAAAUAUUGUCAAAUAAAAUCUUGACACAGUGUAAAGUA